AUGCCGCUCUCAGUCCACAGCGGCGAUGAGACCGACGAUGACGGAGAUCACGAGCUUAUGUAUGGCCACGGCCCUUUGACCGAGGAAGAACUGAACGAAAAGUACCCUGGUCGGCCCAAGAACAAAAGGAAAACACCGCCUUUCCACCAGCUUGUGAACAGUCUCUUCAUACCCUUGACGGAGAAUAAGGCCAAGGUCGGUGGGCCUGCGAGUAAUAGUCGAAAGAAAGGUCAUGGAUCCAACACGAUGACCCCUCACGAGAGACGCAAAAAUAUUAUCGAGCAAUUUGUAUCCAGAUGGCGCAGUGAAGUUGGGAAAGACUUCUACCCUGCGAUUCGCCUCAUCCUUCCGUCGAGAGAUCGCGACAGGCCUAUGUAUGGCCUGAAGGAGAAGAGUAUUGGUAAGCUGGUCGUGAAGAUGGUGGGAUUGAAUUCUCGUUCUGAGGAUGCCAUGAACUUGACGGACUGGAAGAGGAUUAACUCGGCGAGUAAGAAUGCGGGUGACUUUGCAGGAAGGUGUUAUGAGGUGUUGUCUAAGCGAUCCAUGCGAACGCAAGUGGGCAAUAUGCGAAUUGCCGAAGUCAACGCACUGCUGGAUCAGCUCGCUGCUGUGUCAAAGGAAGCAGACCAGUUGCCACUCUUUGAGAAGUUCUACAGUCGGAUGAAUGCGGAGGAGCUUAUGUGGUUGAUUCGCAUUAUCCUGCGUCAGAUGAAGAUUGGAGCAACCGAGAAAACCGUUCUUGAUGUUUGGCAUCCCGAUGGUGAUGCUCUUUUCAAUGUUUCAUCAAGUUUGCGACGUGUGUGUUGGGAAUUAGUCGAUCCUAACAUUGACCUUGGCACUGAAGAUAAAGGAAUCCAAAUCAUGAGCUGCUUCCAGCCCCAACUCGCCCAAUUUCAGUCACACUCGUUCCCCGUCAUGCUUGCCAAGAUGCAGCUCGAAGAAGACGCUGAAGGUACCAACACGUUCUGGAUCGAGGAGAAACUCGAUGGAGAACGGAUGCAGAUGCAUAUGGAUACAGGCCCGGAUGGCAAGCGAAGAUUUGCGUGGUACUCCCGGAAAGCCACAGACUACACAUAUUUAUAUGGGAGUUCCCACGAUGAUGACAACUCGGCACUGGCCCGAUUUAUCGAUGGUGCUUUCAAAAAAAAAGUGAGGAACAUUAUUCUCGACGGAGAGAUGAUAACGUGGAACAUGGAUGCGGACAAAGUUGUGGCCUUUGGUACUUUGAAGACGGCUGCGAAAUCAGAACGAAACAACCCUUAUCAGGCUGACACAGGCAACCGACCUUUAUUUCGCGUUUUUGACUGCUUAUACUUGAACCACAAGCCGAUCACCAUGUACACUCUGAGAGAACGAUACAGAGCUCUCGAGAGCUCUAUCCAGAAUGUCAAUCGCAGACUUGAGAUUCAUACACACGCGACGGCCUCCGAGUUAGGUGGGCAAGAAGCCAUUGAAGAACAAUUACGCGACGUGAUUGAUAAAGGUCAUGAGGGUCUGGUUCUGAAGAACCCCAAUUCUGCAUACUCACUGAAUGAGAGAAACAAUAUGUGGAUGAAGGUCAAACCUGAGUACAUGACUGAGUUUGGCGAAUCCCUUGAUCUCAUCGUCAUUGGCGGAUACUAUGGAGGAGGUCAUCGAGGUGGCAAGUUAGCAUCAUUCCUGUGUGGACUGCGUGUGAACCAAGACCAGAUCGCUCGUGGAUCAAAUCCUAUGAAGUGUUUCUCUUUUUGUAAGGUUGGAGGAGGUUUUCGCGGGGAAGACUACGCUAAAAUUUAUCAUCAAACCGAUGGGAAAUGGAUUCCUUGGAAUGAUAUGCGUCCACCUAAGGAGUACAUCAGGCUCGGUGGCGGCGAGAAACAGUAUGAGAAGCCAGACGUUUGGAUCAAGCCCUGCGAUUCCAUUGUCCUUGAAGUCAAAGCAGCGUCAGUGGGUGUAUCUGAUAGGUUUGGGACGAAAUACACGCUGAGAUUCCCGCGCUUCAGAAGACUCAAGGAUGAAAAGAGCUGGGAACAGGCGCUCUCGAUGGACGAAUUCGACGAAGUGAAGCAGAACGCCGAAGAGGAAUCUAAAACAAAGGAAAUAAAGGUAGAAAACCGGAGGAAAACUAAGAGGUUGAAGAAGGAGUACCGUAUCGCUGGCAAUGACAGCAAAAUUAAGACACCGUACGCAGGCCCGAAAACCAAGAUUUUCGAAGGGCUAAACUUUUGCGUCAUGAACGAAUCACAGCAAGCCCCAAAGAGGACUAAGGCGGAGACCGAGCAAGCUAUCAAAGGUAACGGUGGGAAUAUCUUUCAAACCCCAGGAGCGGCACCGAAUAUGAUUUGCAUUGGAGACAAACGGGUUGUCAAGGUUGCGAGUCUGAUAAAGAUGGGACAGAAGAAUGUUGUGAAGCCGGCAUGGGUGUUUGAUGCCAUGCAGCAAGCAGAAGCUGACGGGCUUGGAAAGGGGCGCUACCUACUUCCGUUCGAGCCUGCCCAUAUGUUCCACAUUGCCGGCGGCUUUAGUGACGAGAUUGCGGGCAGCGUUGAUGUGUACGGCGACAGCUAUGCCCGGGAUACUAAUCCUGAAGACCUGAAAGCCCUGGUAGAUGAUAUGAUACACCCCAAAAACUCUUCUUUCUCGGUAGAAGAGUUUUUGCUACAGUUGGAUGAACAUGGGAAAGGGCUCCAAGAUACGCCCGGCUCGAUGUUCGCGAGAUGUGUUGUUCGUUUUGUCUCUUCCGAUAUGGGCGGGGCGAAGACGAUGGCGAAUAUCGACCAUCUGAUCAUCCAGAACCAGUUUCGAUUCGCCGCUGGGAGGAUUUCAGAUAACGACGACGAUGAAUCGAUUACGCAUUACGUGCUACUGGACCAGGACGAAGAUCUGAUUAGCUCUUUGCGGAAGAGAGUUGUGCAACUGACGAGGCGCCCGCGGAUUGUGGACAUCAACUGGCUCAAGGAUAGCUGGGAAGAAAAGACAUUGUUGGAUGAGGAAAGAUAUGCUUUGUGA